AUGGCUUCAGAUGAGGAAAUAGAUAGCCUGUUUGAAAAUGCGAUGAAAGGACAAUGGGAAAAGGUCAGGGAGGCCUACAGAAACAGUAUCAAGGCUCAAAAAGCCAAGAUCACCAGGUCCAAAGAGACUGCUCUACACAUAGCCAUAGCAGAUGGCCAAACCGAAAUCGCACUGGAGUUGGUCAAAAUUAUUCCCAGUAAUGCAGACGACAGUGACGCUUCAACGGCGGUACUCAGCAUAGCAAACGACAGAGGCAACACGCCGCUACAUCUAGCUGCUCGGAUUGGGAAUGUACAAGUGUGCCGUAGCAUUGCUGACAAGGCGGCGAGCCUCGUCUCCCUUCGAAAUGUGGAGGGAGAGACACCUCUCUUCUUGGCAGCUCUUAAUGGUAACACAAAGGCUUUUGUUUGCCUUAAUUUCUAUUGCCCAGAAAAACAGCACUCCUUGAUUAGGGACAACAAUGGGGAUACCAUCCUUCAUGCCGCAAUCUUGGGUGAAUACUUCAGUUUGGCAUUUCAGAUAAUUAAGUUGUACCCAGAACUAGUGAACUCUAUGAAUCAAGAUGGUUUGUCUCCCCUGCAUAUUCUAGCCAGUAAGCCAAAUGCAUUCAAAAGCAGCUGUCGACUCGGGCUCAGUGGUCAUCUUAUAUACCAAUGUUUGAUGGUUGAAGAACUCAAAGUGGAAGAAUAUAACCAUGAAGCUUGUCUUCCUAAGGCAGGAGACAGAGACAGUUUUUCAUACCCAGAAAACUACCAAACAUGCAUGAACUUCUUCCAAGUUCUCAGAAGUAAAAAGAGGGGGGAUAGGCAUUGGGUGCAAUUGUGGCAUGGAUACUCACAUAAGACGCACAGCUCACUCCUUCAAGCUAAUGGAGGAAAUGAAAAGGGUACUAAUGGUCCUGUUGGUGAUGAAGAGAAUCCCAAACAAGAGGCUACUCCAGGAGCAUCAACUUCUGCACUGAGGUCACAAUCAAUAGAUGCUACUAACGAAAUAUCAGAUGGAAAGAGUUCAAGAUCAACUAAUGGUGCAAACCAUCCAGAGAGAAAUAGAGGAGAAAAUCACCUGUUUCCACCCAAUUAUGUCUCAUUUGUUUUGUUCUUCAAGUUUAUGAUGAAGGCCUUGCUAAUCAUUCUGGGAAUUGGAUUUUGGAGGAUAAAGAAAAUCCAAGAAAAGAAAGAGAGACAUAUAUGGGCGAAUCAGGUCAUGAAUGAAUUGGUUGACCUUACUUCUUUAUACAAAUAUCGAAAUACUGGGCAAAAUCCUCAAGAAACUAAAACAAGCAAAGAUAAAGAAGAAGCCUAUAAUGCUAUAAUGCUAGACGAAGCCUCACCCUUACCAUCUGAUCAUGCGGCACGUAACAGUACAGAUACGCAUAUUGAGGCGAUUACCUUUUCCUCAAGCCAGUACAAUUAUAAGCCAAGGAGUGAUCAAAAUGAGCCAGAGAGGAAGAACACCAUUCCCUUCAGAGGUAAGAAGAAUGGAAUUGUAGCAGGGAAAAAUCAGUCACCUAUAUUAAUUGCAGCAAAGAUGGGAGUAACUGAAAUGGUGGAGAAAAUCCUAGACAAAUUUCCGGUGGCCAUCCAGGAUGUUGACUCUGAUAACAAGAAUGUUGUACUCUUAGCAGUUGAGAACAGGCAACCCCAUGUUUACAAUCUCCUUCAGAAGAGACAGAUACUAAAGGAAAGCCUGUUGCGUCAGUUGGACAACAAAGGUAACAGUGCAUUACAUCUUGCUGCUACAUGUGGUCAGUACCGGCCUUGGCUUAUUCCAGGCGCGGCAUUGCAAAUGCAGUGGGAAAUCAAGUGGUAUAAGUUUGUCAGAAACUCUAUGCCACAUCGCUACUUUGUUUGCCACAACAGUAGUGGCCAGACACCAAAGGAGAUCUUCAUAGAUACACACAAACAUCUUAUAAAAGAAGGAAGCAAAUGGCUAACCAAAACCUCGGAAUCAUGCUCCUUGGUUGCAGCACUCAUUGCAACGGUUGCAUUUGCUACAUCAGCAACUGUACCAGGAGGACUUGAUCAGCGAACAGGCGAGCCAAUUCUCCAAGACAAGGCAGCAUUCAAUGCCUUCACCAUCUCAUCACUAGUUGCUCUCUGCUUCUCAAUAACCUCCCUGGUCUUCUUUCUUUCAAUCCUCACUUCUCGAUAUGAAGAAAGUGAUUUUUCCAUGGACUUGCCCCGGAAACUCUUGAUGGGUUUGACAUCACUCUUUGCAUCUAUAGCUUCCAUGUUAGUCUCAUUCUGCACAGGGCAUAUCUUUCUCCUAAAACAUCAACUGAGAUAUGUGGCAUAUCCAUUGUAUGCAGCAACUUGCUUGCCAGUGACAUUUUUCGCUCUUGCACAGCUGCCGCUUUACUUUGAUCUCAUGAGGGCCAUCAUCAACAAGGUACCUCAACGGAGCUACAAAGUCUAUCCACACUAAGUCUUCACCAAUGACAAAAUGUUUAAGGAUUAUUCAGUUAAAAUGAUGAGUGAACGCAAAAUGUACACAAUUUAUGAAAUUAUAGUCAGGUUAUUGAUACAUCAGUAGCUUUGUGGAGCGUAGGCUUUCAAUAGUAUAUGUAUGCCACAGUGGUAUUUAUUUGAAUGUCAUUGAUAUUCAGCCUAGUCUGCUAAGACAAUUAUGUAUGUCAUUUUAGAACUAUUUGUAAAAUUAUUUGUUUUCCCCCC